AUAUAGUGAAUGCAGGGUCCGGGGAGACCGGAUAUAGUGAAUGCAGGGUCCGGGGAGACCGGAUAUAUAGUGAAUGCAGGGUCCGGGAGAAUGCAGGGUCGGGGAGAUAUAUAGUGAAUGCAGGGUCCGGGGAGAGCAGGAUAUAGUGAAUGCAGGGUCCGGGGAGACCGGAUAUAGUGAAUGCAGGGUCCGGGGAGACCGGAUAUAGUGAAUGCAGGGGUCCGGGGAGAGCGGAUAUAGUGAAUGCGGGGUCCGGGGAGAGCGGAUAUAGUGAAUGCGGGGUCCGGGGAGAGCGGAUAUAGUGAAUGCGGGGUCCGGGGAGACCG